AUAUUCUUUUUAUAUUUUCAGAAUGGAGUCCAUACUAAAACGAAUUAAAGACAACAAAAUAGAAAUUGUUCGUUUUGAACAAACAGACAUGUUUGGUAUAUCAAGAUCAAGGUUAAUUCCAGCUCGUCACUUCAAGUCAAAGGCAGAGAAUGGUCUUAAUUUUUUCAUAGGGCAUUUGGGUGCAGACUCAAUGUCUAACUUUAUUCCAGGAACUGGAUACAAUGAAGAAAAGGGUUAUGCUGAUGCCAUCAUGUUCCCAGAUUUAGAUACGUUCCAAGUUAUCCCGUGGUGGGAAAAUACUGCCAAAAUAUUGAUAGAGCCGACGUAUGAAGGAAAGUCUGUACCAGCUCAUCCAAGAGUCGUUGCCAGAAAACAACUAGAAGAACUGCAUGAGAUGGGAUAUAGUCUGCUCUCAGCUCAUGAGCACGAGUUCUAUGUUGUCGACGGACACACGAGGAAUCCUGUGGUAAAUGACUACAACGCUCAAUCGACUAUAAGAAUGUACGAGUGUGCUCCGUUCAUCCACCAACUUGUUCGAGAUCUACCGAAAGUAGGAAUAGAUAUCGAAUGUAUUGAAAACGAAUUUGGACCCGGACAGCAUGAAAUCACGUACAAACCAUCGUUUGGAAUUAAAGCUGCUGACAAUGCUUUUACGUACAAAUGUUCCAUCAAAGAAAUCGCAAAACAGCACAACCUAGUGGCAACUUUCAUGAGCAAACCAUAUGAUAACGCAAGUGGAUCAUCGUGCCAUUAUAAUCACUCUUUGUGGGAUGUCGAUGGUAAAAAAAGCCUUAUGCUCGACUCUAGAUCUGACAAGUUGUCUGAAGUUGCUAAAUACUGGAUAGCCGGUAAUUUAUAUCAUGCAGCAGCACUAAGCCUACUCAUGGGGCCGACCAUCAAUUGUAGAAAGCGGUACAAACCUUUCUCAUUUGCACCAACAAAUGCAACAUGGGGAUAUGACAACCGCACUUGCGCAGUCCGUGUGAAGAUCAAUGGAGAAUGUACUUACAUUGAGAACCGCAUGGGUAGCGCAGGAUCGAAUCCGUAUCUAGUACUAGCAGCUACAGUUGCUGCCGGAAUUGAUGGUAUAAAAAAUAAAUUGCCACUUCCUGAUAACGUCACUGGAUCUGCGUACGUGCCUGAAGACGUUCCUGAUAAAACGUCAGAAAUACCAACUACCAUGGAAAGUGCAGUUGAAGCAUUCGUCCAGGAUGAAGUCAUGAGGAGAGCAUUUGGCGAAGAAUUUACCAAGUGCUUUGUCGCAAUCAAAGAAAGCGAAAUCAAGCGGGCAAAUAAAGCAAACUGUAGCGGUAUUAUAUGGGACAGGAAUAAUUAUUUUGAAUACCUCUAACAAGAACUUUGUAAAUAUUAUUAAGAUGCUGAGCUCACCAUCGAUUUGAUAUUACUUCAAAGAAAUAUUUUUUGAAUAUUUUUAAAGAAGUUUAUUUGUAUGAUGCUAAGCACAUUUUGAAUUGUUAUUAUUACACAGGACAUUAAUAAUUAUUUUCAAUACCAAUCGGUCAAUACUAAUAUGAUACUGAACUCACCUUAUGCUAUCUCAACUUUUGCCUCAAAAAUAUAUUAUAAAGAAUAUGAGAUAUAUAUAU